AUGAAGCAAAAGAUGUGCAUCAACAUGUUGAUGCUGGCCAUUUGUUGGACAGCUUCGCUGGCCUUCAAACUCUCCGGAUCCAAUGCCCCGAUCAAGUUUUCCGACUCCCACAACGAAACCUCGAACAAGAUCAUUGAGGAAGUGGUUUCCGAGAACUUGCAGGCGGACAUGAAGGACAUCCACGGGAUUCCGAAUCCCAUGGGUGACAACGAGAGCGAGAAUAACGAGACCAACGAAGGUUUCGGCGACCUGGCGAAGAACCUGGAGUUCCUGUUGCUUAAGGUCGUGCAGCUUGAGACGGUUGCCGAGAUGCAUGAAGCCCGCAUCGAGACGCAGCAGCUGCAGAUCGAUGAGCAUCGCAAGGUGAUCGAAGCACAACAGAAGGAGAUCGAGGCUUUGAAGGGCGAAGGCCGUGAGGGAGGCCCCACAGGAGGGCUCUUCUUGGAGAUUGAGCACAAGGAUGCCCAAACACGAUUGAGCGAGGCCCAGAAUAUCCUGACGACUGUGAUUAAGAAGCACACCCGCCAGCGCGAGACGCGCAAGUUCCAUGAAGACCCAGAGUCGGAGGUUGAAGAGCCAGAGGUCGAGCUCGCAGGUGAAGGUGCGACCUCGCAGCAGUCAUCUUCCACGGACGAGUCUGUAAGCUGGCCGUGGAAACACCGAAGACGAAGGUGGAAUCCGGUUCAUAUCGCGAAGAGUGUGGCCGACACGAUGUCGGACGGCUAUAACGCUGCGAAGGACAAGGCGAAAUGGUUGGCGGAAAACACGAUCAACACUGUUGAAGUCGCCAUCAAGGUUCUGAGCAAUGGCUUUUCAGAUUUUGGCGCGAGCUGCCCCCACAGAACAGCUGCUGGCUUCGUAAACUUCGACAUGGGCAAUGGUCUCAGGAUCAGGUUCGGGUCCUUCAGCUGCAAGAUCAGCUUGAUCGGACAGUCGACCGGCUUGUUCGGGUUUGAUCUUGGCACGCAUCAGAUUCCAUUUCCGUCAGAACUGCGAGCCAUCGGCCACGUGGGAUGGGACCUGGCGCACCACUGCGCCGGUCACCACAACCACCUUACAGUCGGGAAGUGCCUCGCCCGGCUCCUUGCCGAGAAAGCUCCCCCACUCGACUUCCUGCCGGAGCAAGUGAGGAAAGUCACGGAUGGCAGGAUUAACGAGCUCUUCCCUGGGCAUUUUGGAAUACUUGGCCACAUUGGAUGGGAAGUCAUGCACCAUUGCCCAGGACACCACAACCACAUUGAGGUGACCAAGUGCCUUGCUCGCUCGCUUGCCAAGUAUGCUCCCCCAUUCGACUUCCUGCCGGACCAUUUCAAGGUUUUUCAGCACGUUGGAUUUGAGGUCAUCCACAACUGCGGCACAAACCACAACCACGUCGAGGUGACCAAGUGCCUUGCCAGCUCGGUUGCCAAGUAUGCGGGGACGGACUUCCUGCCUGGACCGAUGAAGGCCCUUGCAGGUGGCGAUCUCCCCUUGUCAUUCUUGCCUGGACCGGUGCAGGUCCUUGCAGGCGGCAAGCUCAGCACGAUCAUCGAGUGUGCCCAGCCCAACUCUCACGGCGACCUGAUCAAGUGUCUUGGCUCCAAGAUUAUUGCCAGCGUGCCGCCGCUGAACUUCCUGAACCGCCUCGGCGACAUUUUCACGGAGUUCAUCGAGGUCUUUGCCAAGGUGGCCAGCACGGUGGCCACAUCGGCGAUGAAGGAAGGCCAGUCGCUGCUUCAGAUCGCGGCUGCCUCGGAGUUUCCGGCCGCCGGCGCCCCGCCGCAGGUCCACCACAGAGGGGCAAAUCUCCUCAUCAGCACGCAUUCGGAGCGCGCGCCCUCCGCGCGGCCAAGCAGCUUCUUGCAGAAGGGCGACGACGAGAAGCCGCCGGCAGCCGUGAGUUUCAGCUUCGAAGACUAUGGGCCAGAAGCCCACACGCUUGUCACCCAGUUCCAGGGCAGGGAAACCUCCACCGGCUCCUGCCUGGCCUUCGCACCGAAGAACAUGACCGGAAGCAACAACCAGGCGACCGAGGCGGAUUGGAAGGCGAAGAGCGAGGACGAUUUUGUGGAGCUCAAGCCCUGGGCGGUUCCCUGUGGGAAUCAAUGGAUGAAGACGAAGUGGGACAAGUGGCAAGGCGAUUUCUUUUCCAGGGUAGAAAUGUACACGUAA